GGCUCACUUGUGUCUUUUGGUUCGGAUUGUGUUGUGGUGGAAAGCCAAAAGAAACAGCAGUGGAUGGCCAUCAGUAUCAUUCUCACUAUCAAUCACUAAAGGGCCAUUGUGGUCCCGUCCUGUAAACGGCGCCAGUGUAAGCAGGCAGGCAGACAGAGAAAGAAGAAGAGAGAGCAGAAGGAAGAAGGGGGAGGAGAGGGCAGGGUGGCUGCAGGGAGAACCAGGGGGAGAGAAUGGUCGGGGAACAGUCUGGAUGCCCAUCUCAUCUCCUCCUGUGGGGAUGGAAAACUCUGCUGCUGUCUCAGUGCCUGUCCUCCGUGCUCUCCCAGGUCCCGGAUCCUGAGCUUUUACCCACAGAGCCCCCGAAGAAGCCGGACCCUGUCACCUCAGAGACUGUCGUUUUCUGGGGGCUGAGAUUAUGGCAGGUCAUUGGAAUUUUUUCAAUGUUUGUGUUGGCUGUUGUUAUUACUCUGUGCUGUAUUUUCAAAUGCCGUAUCCCACGGACAAAAAAGGAAAUUGAGGCACGACAUGCACAAAGACAAGCUGCCAAAAAAUAUGCCAACACAUUAGAGACAGUGCCACCGUUGAAUGAGCUGACUGAGAUCCCAGGAUCUGCAAAACCAGAAGAAAAAACUGAGGUUCCAACAGUGUCCGGGAAAGUGGAUGGUGAAAAAGGAGAAAAGAAGAGCAAGGAGGGAAAGAAAGACAAGAGUGCCAAAGAAGGGAAAGGGGAUGACAAGGAGGCUUCUACAAAAAAGAAGGGUGAAAAGGGAGAGAAGGAGGAGAAGGGGGAAAAAGGAGCAUCCAAGAAAGAAGGUGGUGAAGGAAAAGGAAAGAAGAGCGACAAAGGAGAGAAGGAUGAAAAAGGAGGCAAAGGAGGUGCUAAAGGGGGAGGCAAAAAAUCACAAAAGUGAACUGUGAUCCGUCUUAAAGAAAAAGGUAACUGUUUUAUAUUUCACGUAGCAAAAAACUAUGCUUUUCUAAAAUAAAGUUUGUACAUUCUAUUAAAAGUAAACUUAAAUCCAUGUCAGACACUGUGUUACUUUUUUGAGUGGAAAUCAAGGAAAAGCAGCAAAACAAUAAUGAAAUUACAGAUUUAUUGUCUUACAAAUUACUGAUGAACAUAAGAGAUUAGAAACCAUCGUUUAGAAUAUUUACACUGACAUCUACAAAUGCCUUAAUUACAGAGUACUGAAGAGAGGAAGAAAUGUAUUCAACCAAAUACUGCCAAUAUACUACAGUUUUACACAAGACCUUGAGAC